UUGUCUCAUUUUACCAGGAAAAAUGUCCAAUACGAUUAUAUUAUUAUUAAUUUUUUAUCUCCAACUCCCAUGCCUUGUGGGUGGCUCUCCAAAACCCUACCAGUAUCUUCUACGCAGUUCCACUCCCAGCCGCAAAAUCUUGUUCUAUGAUGAUUAUCGUGGCACCUGAAGUCUUCACACUCUGGUUUUGACAUCGGGGUGUUUGUGUUUUUAUCUGAUUAUUGGGGGGAAAAAAGUAGUAGUAAAGGAGAAGGAAUUCAACGAGUUGGAAUCCAUGGACUCUACGCCUCGUGUGUCCCUUUUUGAUUCCAAACCAAACCCAGAUGUGAUAAUCAUCUCCAGUCCACCGUCAUCUGCGUCUACAGGUUCUCUUCCUAUCCGAGCUCCUAUUACUCUUGAUGACGAUGAAUCUGGUUUUGAGUCAGAUGGUUAUAAGACUGGGGAUAGUGAUAUUAGUAGCAGCUAUAGUAGUGGUAGUGGGUUUCAAAUUGAGUCCGAGGGUUUUGCGAGUGGAGAGGAGGGGUUUGAAACAGCCUCAGAGAGGCAUUUUGUUGGAGACCCAGAUGAAGAAACUGUGGAGGAGAGUGGUGUUUAUGCUAGGUAUGAUAUUUCUAGGCCUUUUGUGGCGGACCCUGAUGAGAAUUGGUCGGAGAAUGAUACAGAAGAGGAGGAGGAUGGAAGGAGUGCUGUUAUUGAUGGAUGUAGCCCUGUUUUGGAUAAUCCGAAUCCGAAGUUGGCUAUGCCAAUUGCGCACUUGUCAAUGGAUGAAGAAUUUGAUGAGUUGUUGGGUGAUGAGGAGAUUUUGAGUGAAGUGGAGGAUGUCAUUAAAGUUCCUGAUUUUGUGGUUAAAGAAGGAAUUGAUGCUUCUGCUAGAGUUAAGGCGUUGGAGGUCGAAAAAGUAGCAGAAGACGAGCCAAUGGAGCUGAAAGAUUCUUCUUUUACUAUCCAAUCUGAGGGGGAUUUAUCCAUGAAGGUUGCUGAUGGUGUGAUUUCUGGCAACUUUGUUGAAGUGCAUAAUGGAGUCGUGGGUUCUGAGAAUACUGUUGGUUUUCCUGAAGAUUAUUCUCAACAAGGGGGUAAGGAAGAUGUUCUGGAGGAAAAUUUGAAAAUCAAAGAGGAUGCUUGUUUUGCUGUUAAAGAAUGCAGAGAACUUGAAAAUAUGGAGCAUGAACGGAAUGAUCUGAAUUGUAUGGAUAGAAAUGAGAUUGAAAUUACAUGGUCUGAUAUCAACAAUCACCCAUCCAGGCAAAUUGUUGAAUCAGAACUGUUUGAAGGUUGUGCUAGUGCCACCCAUGUGAAGGAACAGAAUGCUAUAGUUAUGAGUAAUGGUGUGGAACAUUCUCUUUUGGGAAUCGAGUUGGAUGAUGCCAGUGAAGCUGAAUCCUUAGACGUUGUUACCGAGGGGAAUGAAAUAAAGAUGGAUGUAUUUGAAGUUUCCAGACCAAAUCAAACUCAGGAAAAUGGUGAGUUGCAUGAAGUUGUGGAGUGCAAGACUCUGGAAGAUGCGCUGAACGGUGUUUCCAGCCCUGUGGAGUUUGUCACACCAAUCUCUGACAUAAGCCAUGAGGCAAAAACAGAAUGUGGACUGAAAGAAAACCACAGUUCAGGCAAAAUAGUGGGAAAGGAAGGUGUACUUUCUGAUGAGUAUAUGGAGGAGUUGAUUUCUGCAACCUCUAAAACAACCUUGCAAGACACAAAGGAAGUGGGACAAACAGAAGUCUCCACUUGUCUACUAGAUCCAGAGGGUUGUCAGUAUGAUUCAGGUAUAAUUGAUGGGCUAGAUGCUGAGGAAGAAGUAAACAUGUAUGAGGAUGUUGAAGGAAAAGAGUUACUUGUAUCUGCUACACUGGAUGCCAUUUUGAAAGCAGUGAAAAAUGCUGAAAUGUAUAAUGGUGGCGUUACAGCUGAUGGUCCUGAAGUAAUCUCUCUUGAGGGCCCUGCUGGUUCAAGUGCCUCAUUUCAAUCUGGAAGAUCAACUCCACCACACAGUACGAUUGAUUAUGUUUCUAAGAAACAUGUGAGCGAAGAGGAAAAGAAGAGGAUUGAGGAGAUACAACUUAUUACAGUGAGAUUCUUGAGGCUUGUCUGGAGACUUGGUCUUUCUCAUGAAGAUCCCAUGGUUGUAUAUGAAUUAGAUAAGCUUACUUUAGCUAUAGGAGCAAACUUGAGCCAGACAUUUGACCUUGAAUCUGCCAAGAGGAUGGCCACAGAGCUUGAAGGCGAGGGUAAAGAUGAUCUAGGUAUUUCUUUGAACAUUCUGGUUCUUGGGAAAACUGGAGUGGGAAAGAGUGCGACCAUUAAUUCCAUUUUUGGCGAGCAGAAAGUUAUGACAGAUGCGUUUGCUCCUGCCACAACCAAGCUAAAAGAGAUUGUCGGAAUGAUAGAUGGAGUCAAGAUCAGAAUCCUCGACACUCCUGGGCUUAGAUCCUCUGCAAGGGAAGAAUCUAUUAACCGGAAAAUGUUAGCAUCUACAAAGAAGUAUAUAAAGAAGUUUCCUCCAGAUGUUGUCCUAUAUGUUGAUCGCCUAGAUGCUUGUGUAAGAGAUCCUGGUGACUUGCCACUGCUAAAAUCACUUACCAAUUCUAUUGGUUCAUCAAUAUGGAAAAAGGCCAUUGUCACUCUAACUCAUGCUACUUCUGCUCCUGUGCCUGAUGGACCAUCUGAGUCACCCUUAAGCUUUGAUGCUUUUGUUACUAAAAGGUCAACUCUUGUAAAGCAGGCAAUCAGCCAAGCUGUUGGUGAUCUCUUUCUGAUGAAUCCUAAUAUUAUGCAUCAGGUGUCUCUCGUUGAGAACCAUCCCACCUACUUCAAGAACGGAAAUGGUGAGAGUGUACUUCCCAACGGAGAAUGUUGGAGACCCCAGUUACUACUUUUAUGCUACUCAUUGAAAAUUUUAUCUGAAGCGAGUUCUCUGUUGAAGCGGCAAGACACUCUUAAUCCCCGGAAGCGUUUUGGGUUUGGACUCCGUCCCCUACAUUUACCCCACUUGGUGUCUUCUCUUUUGCAGUCCUGGCCUCAUCCAAAGCUCUCCACAGAUCAGGGUGGUGAAGUUAUUAUCUCGCAUACAGGGGUGGCUGGUUUAUCAGAUUCUGAUGAAGACGGUGAGGAUGAGUAUGACCGUCUUCCUCCAUUUAAGCCUCUGAGGAAAUCUAUGGUCCCAAAUCUCGAUAAGGAGCAAAUAAAAGUUUAUUUUGAGGAGUAUGAUUAUCAAGUGGCCAAUUUGCAGUCUCGGUUUUCUAUUGGAAGGAGUUCUAAAAUGGCUGUCCGAGUUGGGUUGAACAAUAAUCAAAGUGGGAAGAUCACAGUGAAAGUUAGUAGCUUGGAACAGUUCCAAAUCAUCGUCCUUGGUAUCCUUCCCAUUGCAGUGUCUAUCUUUAGGAGUAUGUUUUCUGGAUCUUGAACAAAGAUAUCUAACAUGCUAGGUCAGGCACUGUUUUCAUGUGUAAUUAUGUUCUAGUUUCCCUGUUUUAGAAUGUAAACUUGCAGCAAAAGCUAGUGAAUAACCAUAAAGCAUGGUGAAUGAAAGCUGCAGAUUAUGCUUUAUGAGUGUUUUUGGUUUGUUUUGUUGUUCUAGUUAGUAACUGUACCUUCUGAGAAUGAACUGAAUAACAGGUGCUGAUGCUAUGGGAAGCAAGCUUGAAA